GAAGCAUGAAUGGGACAAACAUGGGACUUGUGCAGCCAUGCUGGAAUCUUUGAAUUCCCAGAAAAAGUACUUUAGUAAAGCACUGGAACUGUAUGAAAAACUUGACCUCAACAGUUAUCUUUUGAAACUGGGAAUAAAGCCAGGCAAUACCUACUACCAGCUGGGAGUCAUCAAAGAAGCUCUUACAAGCGUGUAUAAUGUAACACCAAAGAUCCAGUGCCUUUCUCCAGAACAGGGUGAAGAAGUACAAACAAUUGGCCAGAUCAAAUUCUGUUUCACUAAGGAUUUUAUCCUGAGAAACUGUACUGAGUCAAAGGUUGAUUCCUGUCCUGCAUGUGGAAAUAUGCCCUUUGGAACUGAAGAGCUAUCUACCUGCAAUGACACCUUGACAAAUUAUCCUUCACAUGUGUUGCUUUACAAGUGAAACAACAAGAAAUCUGAAGCACUUUGCCAAAUAUUGUUGACAGUUUAAAAAAUAGUGGUGUCUGGAUUAAUCUUGUCUAUUCUGCAAGGGCAUUGUUUGUUUAAAAUUUUGGGUGUGUAUGCGUAAUUUACAAUAUUCAUGCUGCAAAUAAUAGAGGAUUGACUUCUCAGGUGUGACUACAUUUUGGACUGCUGAAAUGCCAUUAUAUAUUUGCUUUAAACAAGAACUUUAAAACUUCUUUUUCAAUUUAAAUCAUUCUAAAGCAAUUGAGUUGCAAGUGAUUUCAGUGAAACCUGUUUCCAAGUCCCCCCCCCCAGAACUCCACCAGCUAUGUAGUUAGUAACCAUAAGUGCAGCACUUGUUAUGUUUCUUCCAGGAAAAGUACUUUUCAGUCCAAUCAUAAUCAGUUACAUCCUUCUAAGGGCCAAAGUACAUGUUACAAAUUUUAGUGAGUUGGUUCCAGGUUCCUAUUUCCAAAAUUCAUAAUGUGCAGUUGAUUAGCAUGGAAGGGUGUAACUGUAUUUAGAGCUGCUUCUUUGGAGGUAAAUAAUUGACCAGCACGUAUACAUGAGCAAUCCAUGAAUCCCAUGUAAGCACCAAAUGCCCGGCAGCGGCUAGUCAAUAGGAGAGCAUGUCACUUGCAGUCAUUAUGAUAGGAAAGGCAGCUUCUUUACCUCCAAGUAGUGUCAUCCAAUUCAAUAGUGUUGUUCUAGAAUGAGUAGUUUGCAGUGAAAAUUCUCUUCCUUUCAACAAACAUGCCAGUUUUUACAUAGGGAAAAUAGCUUUGCCCUGAGAUGGAAUUGUCAUCUCAGAUCCUUUCCUGAUUGAACCCAUUUGUUUUCUUUAUUUGAGCCUUUAGUGACUUCCACAUGGUGGGUUUCCCCACAUUUUUCCUGCCGUUAAGCCUCCUGCAGCAGCCAUUUCCCUACCACCAGAGGAUUUUUUCAGAGUCCCCCCCCAUUAGCAAUUGACAAAAUUAUUGUAGCAUUAAAUCUCCUAGCUCCUCUGAAUUCUCAGAUGUCAUUUUUUAAAAAGUCUGUAGCUGCUUUCAUUGUGGAGAUAUAAGGGACAAUGCGUACCUCCAACAAAAAAGAAUUCGAGGUUUUGUUUUAAAUGAAAGGCAAGCAUCCAUGGGGGGAUCUAAGAUGGGGGAAAUAGCAGUAGAAAGGUUUAAGACUUUCCAGUCCACAUAGCAUCUUCCCCAGUUUUUCUGCCAUCUUUCCUAAAAUACUGUAGUAAGGCAUGUUUAGGAAAGAUGAUGGGAAAGUUGGAAGAUAAAUGAAAGCAUAUUUCAGGUUUUUUGGGGGGUUGUGUUUUUGGUUUGUUUGUUUGAUUUUACUUUUCAGUGCCAAGACCUGAUAUUGUUCUCUUUGUAAUCAAAUCUCUAGUAUCUUGAUUAUCUUUGAGCUGUCUUAUCAGAAGGAGAGAGAACAUGUAGAAAGACAGGGUUUUAUUAAGGACCUAUGAUAAUUAGCCUGAUACUAGAAGCCCCUUUGUAUCUGUGGGUACCACCUUAGAUCAGUCAAUGGUUUGGCUUUAGUGCAGUCUUUAAACUCAGUCUGAAACAUUCCAUAUUAGCUUUAUGGGAAUGAUAUUCUGAUUGAUAGUAUAAAAUGUUUACUUCUCUCUGAAUAUCUUUCAGUAGGCUGGUGAGCAUUCUGACUGUUGUGGCCAAUCCUAUAUCUGUUUCCUAGUAAACCCCACCCUGCAGCUCAGGUGGCCAUGCCUCAUGUUACUGUUUGCCACUUUUUGCUGAGAAGUCUGGCUGACUGCCUCCAACCAGGCUCUCUAUGCUGUCAGUUCCUGGAACUCCUGCUUUUCUUGAUCUACCUCCCAGGGCUGAUGCUUGCUUGUGUGCCAUCUAUCACUCUCUGCUAGAUCACGGUCAUUGUCAAGGCCUCCAGUUAGGGCAUGACACCAUACCCUUACAAAUAUCUUUUUUCCUGAAUAAAGAGAGCCUUUGGAGGCACUUUACAAAUAUCUGCCUAGUGAGGGCCUUGCAGAUUGCAUCUGACAGAAUAGAUCUGUUCUAGAAAAAUAUAUUUCCACAGUGCCCACUCCUAUUUAAACCAAUAAAAAUACUCAAGGUUCUGGACUUAAGUUGCUGAGCAGGUAGUAUCAUUCCAGUUUAGAGCAUUUCAUUGAAAAGUGUUAUUAUUGGAGAAGUCAUUAUCAAAACAGGUGGUUUCAAGAAACAAAAAGCAAAGAAAGUCCUCUAUCGUGGCUGGGCAUUGGAGGAUCUUUCACAGCAACUCCCCUUAUAUUAUGUUGGUUUCUAUUAAUGAAGUUCAUGUGCUAACAUGAUACCAAUUAGGACGGAAGAGCCAGUUUCCAUAUGAGAAUUCUUAGCACAGCGAAGAAAGAGGGAGUGUGUGUAUGCCUGUGCAUUCCCAAAUUAUAUGGUAACAAGGCUUUCAAGAGCCAUUUGUGGUGGAGUUGUUAGCAGUGCUAUCAACUAAUAGGGAUGUGGCAAUUUAAGCUUGACUAAAAUCAUUUAAUUGGAUGAUUAAAUCUGCAUGUGAAUAAAACAAUAAUUGUGAACAAAAUAUACUUUGGUAUGUUGCUUUGUAUGUGUAUCAGGUACUGUCUUAGUAUCUUAAGGAAGAAGAAAUACCUCUUCAAAGAUGCUGC